CCUGUCAGGCUGACAACAGGACAGAGGGAGGAAAGGGAAGCUUAAAUGAGUGAGUGGCAGGGGGCAGGGAGGAGGAGGGGGAGGAGGAGUGACAGAAUGGUAGAGUGAAUUAAUUCAACCUUAACCAGCCCUGAUUGACUCGAUACCAAACUGGCAUGUACAAACAUUUGCAGUGACACCAAAGCCAUGGAGAGAGAGAAGAGGAAUGACAUGUCCUUCUCUAGAAAGAGAAGUUUCACUUUUGGGGCAUAUGGCGGUGUAGACAAAUUCACGUGCGGAGAUGAGACAAGACCUGAUGUGGUGGAAGAAAACAUCCUGGACAUUCUGGACUCUCCUACCGGUGACAGCAAACGCUUUGUUUCAUCCAGCAGUAACCAGAGGGACACAGAGCUGUUCGAAAUCAUUGAGAAGCUGCAGGGCAGCAGGAUCGAUGAGCAGCGUUGUGAAUUCCCACUGCCUCUGAAGCUGACUGAGGCAGACAUACUGAGUAACAACGAGGAGAGUGAGGAGUUUAACGAGUUCCUGUCAAUUCUGGGAGACACAGUUCAGCUGCAGGGAUUCAAGGGCUUCAGGGGGGGACUUGACGUGUGUCAUGGCCAGACGGGAAAUGAAGCAGUAUUUACUUCCUUCCAUGGAAGAGAAAUCAUGUUUCAUGUCGCAACUAAACUCCCUUUCACAGAGGGUGACCCACAGCAGCUGCAGAGAAAAAGACACAUUGGUAAUGACAUUGUAGCUUUGGUCUACCAGGAGGGCAAAACCCCUUUUCUAUGUGAUGUCAUCAAGUCUCACUUUCUGCACUGUUUCCUGGUGGUGAGAAAGAUUCAGAGGGAGGAAGACGCUGGUGGAGCUGCCUACAAGCAUUCUCAGUUGAGAGAAUUCCUUCUGACCAAGAUGAUCAAUGCAGAGAUUUCCUGCUAUAAGGCCGAGCAGUUCAGCCGACUGGAGCUGCGCACGCGGUCAUCGUUGCUGGAGAGCUUGCAGACUGAACUCCUCAACCGUUCCCAGUGCAUGGUGGGAGAUCCAUCACUGGCCGCGGUCCCAACCACUGAGGGUGUGAGGGGUGGAUCUGAGGGAAGUGGGGGGUUUAUUGAAAAUUUUAAGGGCUGGCAGAAGAAGAGUUUUAAGCAAAGGCGCACCGCAGACCUCACGAUGACCUCCAGGAAAGUGGUGGAGUUGUUCUACGACGUGGUGUCGCCCUACUCCUGGCUCGGCUUCGAGGUUAUGUGUCGCUACAGAAAAGUGUGGGACAUCGAGCUGAAACUGCGCCCUGCUUUUCUGGGCGGCGUCAUGCAGGGAGCAGGCAAUAAGCCCCCUGGCUUGGUUCCCAACAAAUUCCUGUACAUGAUAAGCGACCUCAACAACUUGUCCAAAUACUUUGAUGUCCCUUUGCAGCCACCGUCCGACCCUUUUGAAGUUAUGUUUAAAAAAGGCUCCUUGAAUGCAAUGAGAUUUGUGACCGCGGUUAAGGAAAAGGAGAAAGAUGGAGACAAGCAGGUGGAGCAGGUUUCCCGCGAGCUGUGGAGACGGAUCUGGAAUGAAGACAAAGACAUCACGGAGCCUGCAUCUCUGACCGAGGUUGCGGCAAAGAAAGCGGGAUUGUCUGACAGUGAGAUUGAGGAGGCUCUGAAACUGUCCAACUCCAAGGAAAUCAAAGACAAGCUUAAAAAUGCAACCCAGGAUGCUCUCAAUUAUGGGGCGUUUGGUUUCCCCAUGGUGGUGUGUCAUGUCCAUGGGAAGACGGAGAUGUUUUUUGGAUCUGACAGAUUUGAGCUCAUGGCCCACUGCAUCGAGAUUCGUGUGUACGAGCAGGAGGUGAUUGUGGUGCCCGUCCUCCUGCUGGCUAGCUUUGUGGUGACUUUGGUUUUCAUUCUCCUGCUGCGCUUCUGCCCAGAGAGGGUUGAUCGAAUCCGCCCACAAAGCUUCAAGCCUAGUUCCAGAAGAGUGCUGCAUGGCAUUGAUGCUCCUCCAGGUAUCAAUGUACUUGAGCAUGAAAGCAUCGCUUUGGAUGUCCCCAGUUCCUACUCCACCUUCCAGCCCCCCAACGCUUACCUCACCAAAACCCUGUCCACGACCGUGACGCAACCGUCUUUCACCCCCAGCCCCCCACCGCAGCCCGAGGCCCACAAGCCCAGUUUCACUCCUAUUGUCCAGCCUAGAGAGUUGCCUCGCCAGAGGCUGCCCGAGUCCUUCAACCUGGUGAGCCCUCUGCCUGCGGCCUUCACCCUGCGCUCCGACUCCUCCGUGUCCCUCUACAGGGCGCGCAUGGAAAACAGGAAUGUGGUACUACGGGUGCUGAAUGACUCGGCUGAUGCUACGGAGAGACACAGCUUCCUGGGCUUCGCAUCCUUCCUGGCCCAGCUCGGACCACAUCCGUUCCUGCCAGAACUCUUAGGUGUGGUCUCACUGCGGGCCCCCCUGGUCACCGUUGUAGAAGAGCUUGAAAACAGAGACCUGCUCAGCUACUUGUGGCGAUGCAGACAGGACAAUGUGGAUCCUCCAUGCGAAAUGACUGAGAGACGAAUAUUUACUAUGGCUAAACAAGUGACCUCUGCACUGGAGUUCCUUCACAGCAAAGAUCUCCUCCAUGGAAACAUCCGGGCCCGGAGUGUGCUGGUCAGCGGUCAGUUCACAGCUAAGCUCUGGGGCCUGCAUGGAGUCUACGCAAGAAAGAACAAGGUAGCCGGUCAGAGGGACGAUCCCAGCAUGAAGAAAUGGCAAGCCCCAGAGCUCUUGGUGAAGAGACCUGCGAGUCAGAGCAGUGACAUCUGGUCAUUUGGCGUGUUAUUGUAUGAAAUGGCAACUUUGGGUGACGCUCCAUUCGCUGAGAUUUCAGUUAAUGAGCUGCUGCAGUUCCAUCAAAGAGGAAAAAGUCUGAAAAAGCCCCCAAACUGCUCCACAGCACUACACGCCCUCAUUAAAAGCUGCUGCCAGUGGAAAGAUCAAGAUCGUCCAUCCAUGGCUGAAGUGAGCCGAAAGCUGGUUUCAGCAGAGAAAAAUGCCUCUGACAAAGUGCUCAAGGCGUCUGGACCAGUAAGCGUGGAGCAGUACCUGAAGGAAGCAGGAUACGGGGAAACCAACAGUUACACCGUUCUCUGAUUGCCGCCUGUGCCGAAGAACAUAAUUGCCCGACAGUCUCGCCCCCUGAUGCUACAUUUUUAUUGGUAUUUUUCUGACAUAACACAAGGGUUCCAAAGUACAUAUGACCGCUUUGAGCAAUGAAUUGGUUCCCUUUGUGUCUUCUCAUUCUCCAGAUUCAGACAACUGAGAGGAAAACUAAUGUUUUAUGUAAUUCUAAGAACCUCCACAAGGACAGGGCAUGUAUCUUUGUCUAUGACAGACAAGGUUUUGAUCAAUUGUUGUAACAGAUCAAUAUGUUGUAAACCUGACUGGUUUACAGCGGCUGCUUGAGGUUAAUCCUGUCUGCAUGUGAUGGUUUUCAGACAUUCCUUUUGAGGAUACCAGUGUAAAUUAUUAAAGGAUGUGCUGCCAACACAAUUUUGGAUGAAGCCAAAUCAUGCAAAUCAGUAAAUGAAGGUUAAAGAGAUACUGAGAUUAUUAGAGCUGUUACCCAUAUAUUUCUAUAUAGUGUCUACUCUUAUGUCAGUUAUUAGCAUUAAAUGAGCUCGAAGUGUUUACACAAACUCAAAUAUAAAUAAAAGUUUAAAUCGCAG